AUGGUGUCAUCAUAUGUGUUUACCAGCACUUUCAUUAUUCUAUUUUUUUCACCAUUAAUAUUUGGUAAUGGCUUAAAAUAUCUAUAUGAAAAUCAAGUGCAAAAAGAAUUUCUUGCCUCAAAUACAUAUUUAACAUUUGCUCAUCGUUUAGCUACACGUGGUGUUUAUCAGGGCUUUGCGAAAUAUUUUUUUGAUUCAGCUGAAGAAGAACGUGAUCAUGGAAAAAAACUACUCGAUUUUUAUAAUGUACGUAAUCGAGAAUUACUUUUCUAUGAUAUUGCAAUAGAAGAUAGAAUAGCAUCAAUGGAAGAUCUUACAAAAAUGAUACAAACAGCUGAACAAAUGGAACGGCAAGUAUAUGAUAAUCUUAUUGAAGUACGUUUAGCAGCAAAUAAUGAAAAAGAUUAUCCAACUGUUCAUUUUAUUGAACAAGUAAUGCUUGAAGAACAAACAACAGCAGUAAAAUAUAUGCAUGAUUUACUCAAACGCAUUGAGCGUAAUUCGGAUAAUUCAACAAUUUUAUUACAAAUGAUGGAUCAAGAUUUACGAAAGAAACAAUUGAAAAAACCAUAA